CAAGCAAUGGGAUAAAGACCAAGGAAACCCAUCUCUCUUAUUUUCCCUUUUCCUUUGCGUCUUCGGAUUUUGGCCUCCAAGACUACCGAUUUCUCCUACAAUAAACCCACCUCGCCAGCUUUGGACUCGACUUAUCGCUUAGGUCGACUUUCACGUUGGUGCUUCAGGACCGAUAAUUGGGGGACACACUACUCGCGCGUCGCCCAACCAAAUCCCCCCUCCGUUCGUCAAGGCCCAGGCCAAAGAAUUGGAGACCCCUCGGAAACGCCGCGGACUACACUACCUACCGACUUGGCCCUCCCAAAAACCAGCUGGUACCAAUACCAGCACCAGCACCAAGCGUUCUCUCUUGGUGGUGUGUGGCCCAAUUACGUAUUGGCCCAUACUUGAUCAGAGCACCCUCCUCCGCUGUCGUCCUUGUGCCCGCCGGCCACACUCCGAACAGCGAUGGCGACCGUCCUCACCAGCAUGGCGGUGCCCCAGCCCGCUUCCAUCCCCCAAGACAAGCAACAUUCCGCCGAGCAACAAAACCCGAGUAGCCUGUCCUCGUCUCCCCGUCAAUUUCCCACUGAUCUUACUUCUCCCAUCCUCGAAGAAGCCGAUGAGUCCGAAAGCGAGUCUCCGAAUGAACCCGUGACCCCCAUUAGCAGUGGGAGACAAUCCCAAGAGUUUACCACCCGCCCUAGUCAGGACCAUCACGACAUCAAUCUCACCGCUACCCAUCAAGUGCAGACCACUCCAAAGCCUCUCCUGGUCGACACCGCACCCACCCCUUCGGUUUCGCCUGCAAAGUCAGACCUCACACCGAAAGCUACCACUGCUACUAACCCUUCAACUGCAGCCGAAUCAGCUGCUGACCAAGAACCGCCACCUACUCCCUUGUCAAGACGGCCCACUCGCGGCUCUACAUCAAGCUUUAAGCGUACAAUGUCCAGCAUCUUCCGACGAUCCAACUCGUCCCAAAACAGACCAGAUCUCGGAUUUACCCUGGACCAGUCCAACGACAUCUCUUCCGAGAGUGCAUUGAUUGAUACGGCACCCUCAAAUCGUAGACGAUUCUCAAUGAACAAGUCACACACCACCACGAGGUCUAACUCACCUCCGUCACCAGGUUCUCCUGUCGACACCAUUUCUUCCUACAAGCAGGCUUCGCACAUGCCUACUCAAGAUGACUUCAAGAAGAAGAACAGGGCUUCUACCGGCCUCAACCUACGAGGACGCGCUGUCAACUUCGUCGGCGCCAAUGUCUCCGGACGGGAAAAGCACGCCGAGAAGGUCAAGCCUGUCUUGGGCAGAAGACGAGCCAGCAGCUUCGAGGGCCGCGUGAAGAGCCGUCAUCUCGCGUCUGCACCCAAUCCUCAUUCCGACAACCCUGUUCUUCCCUUGGAGGGAUCGUCUCCAUGGGCUCAGAUGCCUGACGCUGGUGUCGGUGUCAAGGCUCGACGCAUGAGCUUGAGUCUCCCGGACGACUUCCAAGUCGAUGUCGCUGACCUCCUUGCGGAAUUUGAAUACCUAUCCAAGUUUGGCCGCCAUGGCAAACAUCUCGGAAAGGGUGCCACUUCCAAGGUCACUAUGAUGAGCCGAAAGGGGUGCCCCAACGAGCUCUAUGCAGUCAAGGAGUUCAGAGCCAAGCGAAAGCAGGAGACGCAGGAAGAGUACGAGAAGAAGAUCAAGUCUGAGUACAGCAUCGCCAAGAGCUUGCACCAUCCCAACGUUGUCGAGACGAUCCGGCUAUGCACCGACCACGGUCGUUGGAACCACAUUAUGGAGUAUUGCUCGGAGGGUGACCUUUUUGGAUUGAUCGCAAAGAAGUACCUCCAAGAUCCGGCGAGACUUCCUGAUCGCCUCUGCCUGUUCAAGCAACUUGUCCAGGGAAUCAACUAUCUGCACAGCAACGGUAUUGCUCACCGCGAUAUCAAGCUCGAGAACCUUCUUAUCACCAAAGACAGCAAGCUCAAGAUCACCGACUUUGGUGUCUCAGAAGUCUUCACUGGCCACCACCCCGGAUUCAGAGAAGCUGGCGGCCAGUGUGGCAAGGGCAUGUGCGCCGAAAUCCGCCUGUGCAAGCCUGGCAUGUGUGGCAGCGAGCCGUACACGGCACCCGAGGUGCUACUGAAGGAGACUGAGUAUGACCCGCGAGGUCUUGAUGUGUGGAGCGCGGCGAUUGUCAUGAUUUACGUGACUUUCGGAGGAAACAUUUGGAGUAAGGCUGAGGUCAAGGGAAACCCUCAGUAUGCUGAGCUGCUCAAGGGAUGGCAGAAGUGGGAAGCAAAGCACCCUGAGCCUGGAUCGCGCAUUACCGAGUCGGACUACCCAUUCUUCAAUGCGUUUGAUGGAUUCGUCUCUCCGCCAGCACUCCGACGUGUACUCCUCUCAAUGCUCAACCCCAACCCCGCCAAGCGUGCGACCAUCUCGGAAAUCGCCAACCAUCGCUGGGUCAAGAAUAUCGAGUGCUGCCAGCUCGAGAACUACGACGACCCAGCUCUUCUCAUCGACGCUACUAAGAAGGGCAGUGCACAGCUUAACACCAAGAGGGUGUUCUGCCAUAGCCAUCUGCCAUUGGAGAGCCACGGCCACUCACUUGGAAAGAUGCCGGGCCAGUCGGGUUAUUGACUGCACCCGGACACGACUGUACGACUCAUUACGUGUUUGUUCUUCUGCAUAGCUGCGGUUCUAUCCUUUGGAAUCGGUUCCAGCUUAUGAGCAUGCAGAAAGACUUACUUUUUUACUUUU